GUGCAAUAUCGCCAUGAACAGGCUCUUCCGGUCAGCAUGGAAUGGCCGUCAAGCCAUCCGAAACAAUGGGACUAAACAUUGGGCCUCCCGACUGGAGUCCACCAAGUCCUCGCCGCCCGUCACGAAAGAAACAGCACGCGUCGCUCGCAUCGAAUCUCGAUUGCCCAAGUUCCUGAGAAGAUACGUCGAGCCAUUGAGAAAUGCUCCCAUAUCGCACAUUUCAGCCUUCUUGAUUCUGCACGAGAUCACCGCCAUAGUGCCGCUUUUUGGUCUUGCAGCGGCCUUCCACUACGCCAACUGGCUGCCGCCCUUCAUCAGCGAGGGCAAAUGGGUCAGCGACGGAGUGGAGAAGUUUGGCAGAUACAUGCGCAAGAAAGGCUGGAUAAAUGAUGACGCGAGGGGUGGGCGAUGGUUUGGCAGAGGGGAGACGGGCACGAGAAUCGUAGUCGAGUUGGCUACGGCAUAUGCGGUCACGAAAGCGCUGCUGCCUCUCCGCCUCAUCUUGAGCGUAUGGGGUACACCGUGGUUUGCGACUUGGACUGUCUUGCCCAUCACAAAUCGGAUCUCCAGAUUUUUCAGGCGCAAAAAGGCUGCAGCGGCAGUGUCGAGCCCUGCGGCAGGUUCUGGAGCUACUGCCGCGGGCGUUCUGCCUAAAAAGUGAUGGACUUGGAAUGAAAGAUACUCCCGACUCCCAGAACAGAUUAGGCAAGAGCUGCGCACUGCAUCAGCCGAUUCGGAAUCAUCGGUCCCGCGACACGAUACUCAACUAUCCCUCUGACGAGCCCCGGACCACUGCUUCGAAGGCUACUGUCUAAACCUGCUCCACGAUCCGAACAUGUUAUUGUCUGAGCGGCGAAGAUUAUCUCUUUCUCCUUCUGGAAUCGACAAGACCUCUAAAUGCUCCCACCCACACACUACAGCUAGCUAUACGAACGACCUUGGCUCUCUCAUAGGCAUGCAAUGCUAGGAGCCAAUGCCGUCUUAAACUCCCUCACGUUGUCGAACUGAUGACUCUCACUGAUCCAUGUUACUGAGCGUCGACCCCUUGAUCGGGAGAUAGUUGGACCACCUGGAUGCCUCGCCCUAUUCCUCUAACACACGCUUCAACGGUUGUCGAAUUUGCUUACCCCUCUCGGCGUUUCCGCGCAAUACAUGCACCAAAACUGUUGGCUUUCUGCAGACCUGGUCAAGAAUGCAUAUGACGCGGCAGGAUUUCGUCUCAGGUCACGUGUGUAUAUGAAGACACGACUGCAGGUUCUCAGUCAGCAGAAGUAAUCUGGCGGAUCGCUAUAGGGAGACCAAUCAGUCAACUCAGGUUAAGGACUGCUGGAGGUCUCAUCGAUAGACUUCGUCCUCCUUCGCUACUUCGUGUGUGCGUAAAGACGCCGCGCCGAGAUCGAGUGCAAUGCGGGCCGCGUGGCUUGACGGUCUGAGAACAAGCUUCGAUGUGGUAUAGUAGGAGAAAGUCAAUGUGGGAAGGACUAUUGCAUGAGAGGGAAAAAUGGGAGAGUUUAUCCUUGCUUCUACAUCCUCGUGGAACCGAGCCUCGUUGAUACAAGUUGUGAAAAUGCAGAGUGUCUCGCUGACUCCUUUGGUCUGUCCGUCUCCAGCAGACUCUUGAAUUGCGGUAAAUGUACUUGAUCCGAUCCGCACUCGAUGAACCAGGUCUUGGUAGUCAUUAAAGCACACUUGAGCAGCCAGCCACACUGGCGUAUAUACCUAUAGAUAAUGCACGCGCGUCCUGAACAUC